AUGGUCAAGCCAUUAUCCUUCAAAGGCGACAAGAAGCCGAAAAAGAGAAAGCGCCCCGCCACCGAGGGCGACGGCCCAGAUGCCGAGUCGUCCAGCCUCGUGCCGGCGUCCGCCUCCGCCUCUGCAUCCGUCACUGCCGCCGAGAAUCCCGACAGCGAUGACAGCUGGGUCUCGGCCGACACCACUGCCGACGUUGUCGGUCCCGUCAUGUUCGUCCUGCCCACCGACCCUCCCUCGGCCCUGGCCACCGACGCUGUCGGCAAGGUCUUUUGCCUCGAGAUGGAGAACAUCGUCGACGGCAACCCGGCCACCGCCGAGCCCCACGACGUCAGGCAGGUCUGGGUCGCCAACAAGGUGUCGGGCACCGAACAGUUCCGCUUCAAGGGGCACCACGGGGAAAACGGCACCCUCUCCGCGGCCUCGGACGCCGUCUCCCCCCUCGAGUGCUUCCACAUCCUCCCGACCGCCGACACGCCCGGCACGUUCCAGCUGCAGACGCUGCGCGACACGUUCGUCACGGCCAAGCCGUCGACCGGGUCCAAGGCGGGCCACGAGGUGCGCGGCGACCGCGACGCCGUGUCGUUUGCCUCGACGCUGCGCAUCCGCAUGCAGGCACGCUUCAAACCGCGCCUCAAGGCGUCCAAGGAGGAGAAGGGCCAAGGAGAGGAUCAGCCGCAAGGAGCUCGAGGGCGCCGUCGGCCGCAAGCUCGAGGAGGACGAGGUGCGGAGGCUCAAGAGGGCGAGGCGCGAGGGGGACUAUCACGAGCAGCUGCUCAUGUUCAAGGUGAAGAGCAAGCAUGA